AUUCUUGCUCAACAGCAGCCACAAGCUCAUUGACAUAACAUACCAGUCGGAGUCCUUUAGCUUCGACUUUCCUCAAGACUCAACUUUCAGGCGCUGCAGAAAUGAGCAGAGGUGGCGGAAGAGGCUUUGGAGGAGGGGGCCGUGCUUUCGGACGAGGGGGAGGGCGUGGAGGCUUUGGAGGCUUCAAUCAACGAGACCAGGGACCUCCAGAUGAAGUCCUAGAAAUGGGAUCAUUCCUCCAUGCAGUUGAAGACGAAAUGCUCUGCCAAUCACUUAUGCCCGAAAAGGUCCCCCACUUCAACGCUCCCAUCUAUCUUCAAAAUAAAUCCGUUAUUGGGCGUGUAGAUGAGAUUCUCGGCCCAAUAAACGAAGUCUACUUUUCCGUGAAGAUGGGCGAAGGCAUGGUCGCAAGUAGUUUCAAAAAAGGCGACAAAGUGUAUAUUGGUGGUGACAAAUUGCUACCACUGGAGAGAUUCUUGCCAAAACCGAAGGUUGCGGGAGGUAUUACAAAAAGACCACGCGGGGCUGGACGGGGUGGCAUGGGUGGACGUGGUCGAGGUGCACCAGGUGGAAGGGGAGGAGGAUUUCAACGAGGCGGUCGUGGUGGCGGCGGCUUCCGUGGUGCGCCGAGAGGGGGAUCACGCGGAGGAUUCAGUGGUGGUCGUGGAGGCGGUGGAUUUGGCGGUGGACGGGGUGGAGGUGGAGGUGGAUUUGGUGGCCGAGGACGAGGUGGUGGACGAGGCGGGUUCCGUGGGUCAUAGGCGGGUUCCGUGGGUCAUAAUCGCCUGUUUAGAUCGCUGCUCCAUUUCUUUUCUGCCCCUUCUUGGUUUGACUAUGACAGUUUCCGAACGUGAGUGAAUCUUUGGAGAUAGGCAUGCGUUAUGGUUGGUUGGCGUC